AUUUUUUAAAAGAUAAUAAGAAAUUCGUCCCAAAACACGCCAAGGCUCUCCCCCUCCAAUAGAAUUCACACGUUUCAAAGUAGAGAGAGAGAGAGAGGAAAUGGAAGAGCAGAAGAAGAAGAAGAUUAACCUGGCCUUCCUCCCGGCUGGCGGCGCCGGCCACACUCCUUCCGCCAUCGAAUUCGCCAACCGCCUCCUCCUCCACCCUUCAGCAGCCGGCCGCCUGUCCGUCACCAUCCUUCUCAUGCCAUCCACCGCCGCCUUCGCCUCCUCCCUCGCCCUCCUCCCCUCCUCUUCCUCCUCCUCCUCCAUCUCCAUAUACUACCUCCCAUCCAUCGACCUCCCCUCUCUCCACUCCACUGACGGAAUGUCCGACCACGCCGCUCGCUGCUUCCAACUCUACACCCCACACAUCAAAUCUGCCCUCGUGGCCACCUCCGCCUCCGCCCUCAUCAUCGACCUUUUCGCCACCGCCGUCAUCGACGCAGCCAACGAGCUUCGCAUCCCCACCUACAUCUACAUCCCCUUUAACGCCUCCAUGCUCGCCCUGAUUCUCCAUCUUCCCACCCUCCACAACGAAAUCCCCGUGGAAUUCGAUCAAUUCCAAGGCCAGAUUCACGUCCCUGGCCUUCCCCCGAUACCACCCUUGUCAAUGCCUAGCCCCUUAAUGGACAAGAAGAACCGUCAGUAUACCUGGACCAUCUAUCACGCGCAGCGGCUUAAACAGGUAAGAGGCAUUUUAGUGAACACCUUCCGUGCGCUAGAAAAAGGGGUAAUCUCUGCGAUAGAAUCGGAUAAAUCGGUUCCACCGGUACAUCCAGUCGGGCCGAUUCUUCAUUUUGUCGCCGGCGUGCGACACGAAUGCCUCCACUGGCUCGACAAGCAACCGGAGGCGUCGGUGGUGUUCCUCUGCUUCGGUAGCAUGGGGAUGAUGACGGUGGAGCAGGCCUCAGAAGCGGCAGCAGGCAUUGAACGCAGCGGGUUCCGGUUUCUAUGGAUCCUGCGGCUCGCCGGAGGCGAGAAGGCUGGACUUCCGUUGGGCUUUCGAGAGAGAACGAAAGGAAAGGGGAUUGUGUGGGAGGGGUGGGUGCCUCAGACGGAGAUCUUGGGCCACGUGGCGGUGGGGGGAUUCGUGACGCACGGGGGUUGGAAUUCCAUUCUGGAGAGCUUGUGGUAUGGGGUGCCGAUGGUUACUUGGCCGAUGUACGCGGAGCAGCAUUUGAAUGCGUUCAAGAUGGCGGCGGAGAUGGGGUUGGCAGCGGAAAUGGCGGUGGAUCGCCGGCGAGAGGGAUGGGUGACUGCGGAGGAGGUGGAGAGGAAGGUGAGGUGGUUGAUGGAGGACGGCGAGGAAGUAAGGAAGGUGAGGGAAAGGGUGAAGGAGAUGAAGGCGGCGAGUCGGGAGGCGGUGGAGAACGGCGGACUAAGCUGGAAUGAGUUGGACAAAGUUGUGACUGAGUUGUUGAACGAGUCCGGGGAGACUUGAGAGAGAAUAAUAUGCUGAGUCAACACUAUCACUCUCGCAUAGCUACUUUGGAAAAUUUUGUAUGAAUGAGGGUGGGUCCCACAUGGGUUGUUUAAUAAAUUUUAAUGAUUUUGAUUUAAAAGUGAUUGUUCUA